AUGAGUGAGCAAAAUGCAACUGUCAAGGUUUGCGACAUGAAUGAACAGAAGAAAAGCAAGGUCGUCCAGCUUGCCCAAGAGGCCGUUUCUCGGUUUAAUUCAUCUAAAGAGAUUGCUGGCUACUUGAAAACUAAACUGGAAGAGGCUUAUGAAGGAAACUGGCACUGUAUUGUGGGGAGAGACUUUGGGAGCAAGAUCAGUCAAGAGGAAGGGAAUUUUAUUUUUUUCUACAUUGGGGAUCGAGCAUUCCAAAUGUACAAAUUUGGUUAG